AUGGAUCUGUCAGUGGAAGCCAAUAUUCCUUAUGCGGUUGCCUCACACAUCAGCGACACGGACCUGCAGUUCAGACCCUCUGAGGGGCAGCCAAUCAGAACAAAAGCAUAUGGGAACACAGAUGCAGUGGGAGGAGAGGCGCGGCAGGAUGAAUCUCAGGCAGACGCAGGGGUGGAGGCUGAAGAUGGAAAACAGAAAGCCGAAGAGGCAGACGGUGACUGGGAGCUUCCAUACAGCGACGAGGAAAUGGAGGACCCCAAAAACUGGAUGCCUCCUCCCGCAGAGAUCAAAAGACUCUAUGAGCUCCUUGCUAAAGGAGAUAUGCUGGAAUUGAACUUUGUGCCCCUUCCUAGAAGGCCCCCCACACCUGAACAGACCUCCUCGCCCGAAAGAGACGAAGAGGAGGAGGCAGCCAAGGAACGGGAGAGGCAGGAGAGGGAACGCAAGCCUCCAACUCCAACUGAGUUUGACUUUGAUGAGGAGCAAAUGCAAACCACUCCAAAAAAUGCCUUCCUAAGCCGGCGCAGGACUCCAGGAUCUUCUGCCCGCUCCUCUGUUAAAAGGGAAGCUCGGCUGGACAAAGUAUUGUCAGACAUGAAGCGCCACCGCAAGAUUGAGGAGCACAUCAUGCGCACAGGAAGAGAUCUCUUCAAGAGUGACAAGAAGCUGGAGGAAGCCCUUUCUCCAAACAGCCAGAGGGAGCGGGAGAAGGAGAGGGAACGGGACAGCAACCCCAACACCAUCUUCUCACCACGACAGAGGAGAUACUGAUGGUUUCUUUUGAGACAAGGACUUGCCCAAAGGCAUUUAAAGCCAAGCAUUUCCCUGAGGCUUUCUAAAAAACUUGAAUUUUUUUUAAUGUAACAAGUUUUGUAUGUUUUAUGUGUUUUGUAUGAUGGCAAUAAAAAUUUUAACCCUG